CGUCUACACGAGGCACGAGCGGCUGGCACGUCCGGCGCGGGCUAGCGUUCCGAAGGAGCCUCCGCUUUUGCAGCUGUGACGACGUCAUAUGGUAGCUACGCGGCCGUGCGCGGCGCAGCAAGGAAGAGCACGGUUGUGCGGCUAGUAUGCUUCGCAUAAAAGAAGGCCAGGCGAAGAGAGCUCGUGGAAGUCGUUGCUCGAGCGUUCAAGAAUUUGGCCUCAAGAAUCCGGUCCAGAAGAGGGUCAGCCGAGAGAGGCACCAGAGUUCUCAGAUUCCUGGUUGCAGUCCCUUGGACGUCGACCCCAAACAUGGACAGGGCAACCUUUCCCCAAAUUCCGCAUAUGCCUUUCACCUUCUGCUCCAACCGGCCCCAGGGGUGCCCCGCGGUUCUCCCGAUGGACGCUGUGAGGGACCACGAGGUGGCCUGCCCCUUCGCCAUCCUUCGAUGCAUCCAUCGAAGAACUUGCGGUUACAUCGCAAGGGUGACCGACAUGGCGGGGCAUUUGGUGAGCGCGCACGGCUGCCCUUACUACCAUCUCGCAGAUGAACCGCAAGCGAUCUUCUUUGAUGACGUAUGCAGCCGUCGUUGCUCCACAAGUACGGUGCUGCUCGUCAGGAACGAGGAAGUGUUCCUGUUUGAGUUAACAAGAGAGGGGAACUACAAUAGUGAGGUGAAUCUUAAGGUGACCGCACUGAGCCCAAUUUCCACUGCCCUGACCUACACGAUACAGAUGUCAAAUGGGAGAUCAACGAACGUGUGGAGGUCAACGGUAGUGAUGGCUGGUCAACCAGAUGCAGAAGACCUCAAGAUCACGGAGGAUUUUUUGAAGAGAAUGUGUGAAAACGGCACCUUGAGGGUGGAAGUUGAGAUCACGGAAGACUGACCUAGAUGGCGUACUUCCACCCGGAUUCACGCGCCCCUUCGUUCCGACCGUCAGCAGCAGAGCAGCUGAACGCGGCACUACAAAUUUAUCAAGCAUGAAAAGCUCCAGCGCGAGAGCGAGGGUGCGGUGGAGAAGUUUGGCGCAACUCGGGGUACUCUCGUCGUGAACGCGCGAAGCGGGAUAGCAACGCCGGCCUCGCAGCAGCUCCGGCUGCCUUUGCAGUGGUCCAUAUUAAUCUGUCCGCUACUGUACAUCGGGGAAAUGCUGGAUGCUAGGGUAACUCCCGUGCCAAGGCUUAAAAUAAUCACGUAUGUGUUAAGAAAACGGUUAAGUAUGGUUCAUGCUUUCUUGAACAACUCAGAGUAUGCUUGCUAUCAGCCUAGGUAAUUAACCAUUAUUAAUAGAGGAACCUUGGCGCACUCCUUCAAACACAUAUUCUUUUAUGGAGAUGUUGUAGAGGCUCUUGACGAAUACCGUGUAGUUUGUUUUCCUGUGGAUAGCUGCAAGACUGUCUUUUCUCGAUGUUAAAAAGCGCGCAAGAUAUAUAAAAGGUUUAUAAAAAGCAUAAAUAAGUGACUAAGCAAUUGCGCGGAGCGACACUCCGUGCUCCCAGACGAGCUAUAAAGCAGCGAUAGGUGUAGCAACUAGGCCAUGACGUGUUCCGUGAUUCCAGUUCUCCCCAAAUGCUCUCUCUUAGAAAUUCUUUUUAUAUUUCUCUGAUCAACCUUUGCAGACAGAAGCACAGGCGAUCUUUUCUGACGACAUUUGCAGCAGACGUUGCUCAAUCAGUACUGCUCUGCUCGUCAGAAACGACGAAGUGUUCCUGCUGGAGAUCACAAGAGAGGGCAAUUACAACAGCGAGGUGAGCCUGAAGCUGACCACAUUGAGCUCCCUUUCUAAUCCCCUGACAUAUACCAUACAAAUGUCCAAUGGGAGCUCCAGCAACUUGUGGAAAUCCACAGUACUCAUGGCUGGUCAAGCAGAUGCAGAGGACCUCAAGAUCACAGAAGAUUUUCUGAAAAGGAUGUGCGAGAAUGGCAUUUUGAGUGUGGAAGUCAAGAUCUGGGAGGAAAGACCAUUACUUAGGGCCGCAAACAGAGCAAAGCGGCUUGGUUUAGCACAAGAACAUGAACGGUGGACUGUGCCACAAGGGAAAAACGUUGUAUUCGGUGAUGAUUCCACGCUUACGACCGCUGGCGACCAGCGAGACACGGCCUCUACGCUGACCGCGCGCCAUGGCAGUUUCUCCUCGUAUAGGCGCAUGCCACGGGCAGAAGAAGAAGCAGCAGCUGACGAAGAGGAUGGAUUCUUCGAUGCGGUCCGCGACAGAGAGCGAAAAGAGAACCUCUGGCCGCUCCAAGUCCAGGGCUAAGGCCAAGUCCAAGAAAAAGCACUCGCGGCGAUCCUCAAGGCGGGCCCGCAAACGCAGUACAAUCUCUCUAGGCGUCGCCGAGGUGGAGGAUGCAGUCCCGUCGCUGUCCGUGGAUUCCCAUCGGCCUAGUACGUCCACGCUGGCCGAGGCGUCGACGAAGUCCUCGACUGGACGGCACAAGCACCCUCGAGCCGCGAGCGAACGGACGUCGAUCGCUGGGAGUAUGGGUGUCGCUGAGGACCAAAGCGACAUCGCUAACUCAGAGAUGCCCCGAUCAGCGCUGACACUUCUGUCGGCAGCGUCGGAGUUGAUGGCGGCGCUCGCAUCGCCUGAGCCAGCAGUGCCCGCUUCGCACCAGAUACCCGAAGAGGACCUGGUUUCGCGGGUGCCACUGGCCACCCUGCCACCUCCGGCGUUGAUGCCAACGCGUCCUUUCACACAGAGGAAUGAGGCAACCGAGGGGGCGGUGGCAAAGCAUGAGUCCGUGAUGAAGACAGGCAUGACCACGGGACACGACAGUUUUACCCCUCUCAGCGGGAUCGUCCCGUGGCGGAAAGACGUCCAACCAGACCUCGUCGAUGUCACCGAAAGCGGCCCGUCAAUGCCUCAGUGGUUCAUCACGGCUCUCAUCGCACUCAUCGCCUGCACCAUCGCGUUCGCCCUCUUGCUGAGCAGAAUGUUCCUACCAGACGUGAGAAGCGCCCCGUGCAAGACGCACGAGUGCCUCGAGUACGGACGCCGGCUUGCCUCCUCGCUGAACACAUCGGUCAGUCCCUGCCACAGCUUCACCAACUUCGUCUGCGAUGGCUGGCGGCGAGAGAGCGUGCUCUCGGUGCAGGACGACCUCGUGUGGGAGACCCUGGACCGUAUCGGGCGCCUGGUGCACCGUAUCAAGGUCCCCAGCAGUGGUCAGAAUGACUUGCAGAGGGCGGCCGCCGCCUACAAGAGCUGCUACGACGUCGCCCAGGGCAAGAGAGACGAACUCCCCGCCGUGAGGCAAGCCCUCGCCGAAGCCGGCAUCACGUGGCCACGCCGUCCCAGCAAAGUCGACGCCCUUCGCGUGGCCCUGUACGCAAGCGUCAAGCUCGGCUGGGACGUCUUCCUGCGCGUAUUUCCCAUGCAGGUCGAUGGUCGCCAUGUGGUGGUCGUCAGUCGCGGCGGGUCCUUCGUGCAGCUAAACCAUCAGUUCACGAUGCAGAGGACAUUAGUCGAGAAGGAAGACUUCUUUUACGCGCUCAAAAAUAGUUUUGAAAAUGGUGACGCGGGCGACGAAGCGACCUUCAGGGAGUUGACUCACAUUGAGAAGAUAGCCAUGGGAGAGCUGUCGCAGGUGUACAACGUCAUAACAGCGCCAGUAGACCUGCCGCCUGGCACCUUCAGCAGGUGGGGGUCGCAGAGUCUCUCCGAGAGCAGCUGGCGCCGCGUCCUCGCAGAACUCGACUUCAAUGCGACCGGCGACUUGAUCUUCCGCGUACUGAUGCUAAAGUACGUGAAAGCAUUCAUCGAGCUGUGGCACAUUCUCGGUGACACGAACCUGUACUGGCUAGUCUCCUGGGGCACAGUGCAGGUGGCAGCGCUGUACGCGAACCAAGACCUUAUCCUAGCGUUUUACGGUGAAACGAAAGCUCUAGCCUUGGUUCGUCAAGGUGCCUUCUGUUUGAGCAGAGCCUACCGGUUCUCGAGACACGCCCUCUCCCACGAAUACAGCGACAAGGCUUUAAACAUGCACACGCUCACCGCUGCCGGACAACUCGCUCUCCGGGUUCGCGAAGCCGUGCACCAGCUGCUAUCCACGUGGAUUCAUUACGACGAGAGCAUCGCUGUAGUGACUGAUUGGCGCUCGCUGGACACGUCGUUCAGCGCGUUCCGCAGCCAAAUCGAAGUCAGCGCGAGCCAUGGCGCCAACCAUUCAUUCGCGCCUCAAUCUCUGGAUUUGGGCGACUCGUUUGUUGCGAACUGGCGCAAGUCAGUCCUGGUGCCCGACUGGAGCGAGUGGGACGAGGCCGUCGUAAGCGCCAUCGCGUCGCUCGAGUUUGCCGCGUUGCGGCCGGGAGAGGACUUUCAAGUAAUGGUCUACUCCCUGACCUUCCUGCACUUCAACGUCGACCUUGUUCCUGCGCUUAACUAUGGAGGCCUGGGUUUGGGAGUAGCCCAGGCGCUGGGCAUGCUAUUUAUCUACGCCUACCAGCAGAACGUCACCAGGCGCAAGCACAUCAGUGCCCUGUUGGACUGCGUUACGGCCGGAAGCUUCUUGCACGGCCGGAACGCCAUGGCUGCCUUGGCCGAGAUUAUCACGAGCAAAGCACUGAUUAGCGCCUACAUGAGCGGUGCGCAGCAGGACGGCGACCGACUUAUAGGACUUGAAUCAUAUGAAAACAGGCAGCUCUUGUUUAUCGCCGCCUGCUAUAUGAAGUGCGAGGUCACGCCAAAGGCAAGCAUGCUCGGACUGUGUGACUCGAGCUUCCAAUUCAUGUCAGAGUUUGCUGAGGCUUUCGGCUGUUCUCCAGGAACACCCUUGAACCCAUGGAGACAGUGCAGACUGUCGAGUUCAUAGGUGAAUGCACUGUAGUACUGCCACUAAUCUUCAAGGCAUCCAUGCUUUGGCCGAUAUAUCUACAUUCAUUUUCAUUUUCUUUUUGAACUCUCGUCCGCCCUUAUCGCACAAUGUUUGAUCUUUACAUCGCUGCAUGCAAUGUCUCGGUAAAUGCGUUUUAAAUAGUCGUACAUUUAUUUUAUUUUUUCCGUAUAUGGAUGCCAAAAUACGUGAAAGCCUUCGUCGAACUCUGGCACAGCAUUCUCGGUUACACGAACCUGUACUGGCUAUAGUCUCCUGGUGUACAGUUCAGGUGGCAGCGCUGUGCGCGUACCAAGCCCUUAUCUCAGCGUAUUUUUAACACCCCCAUUUUGCAUCACGGUCUUACUGUCUGCCUAUGACUUUAUUUCAUUUGGGAGCUGGGCAUUCAAGUUCGUUUGAACGAUACCGCGCACAGCAUACAUCUUUCGAGUAAAACCAUGUUGUGAGGUUCUUAAACUUAGCGUUGUAAUUGCGUUUAUUUCUUUUGCUUCUUACGGUCUUUUUCUUUCUCUUUUCUCUCUCUGUUUUUCUCGCGCGCGUGCGUAUUAAACGCAUUUGAUGGAUAUCAGUACUGAAAGCUCUGCGUGACUUCUUGUGGAAAACAUCCCGAUUAUUCCUACGAUUUCCCUCCUCGCUCCUUUUCCC